AUGUCGGCUAUCAAUGUCUUCACACCCUUCCUGCGACGCUCGUGGUUGUGCCGAGCAUGUCUCCGAUCGCAGCGCCAGGCAAUACCCCAACGACCGAGCCCGUGGCAACAGCGCUCGUCAUUCGCACAGCAGAGGGCGACCUUCGCCAGCAGAGCAGCAAGCGAGGCGCAAUCUGCAGUCAAAUUCACCACCAAAGCUUUCAGCAAGAGUAGCAGGAGAAAGCGAAGGCUGCUGAUUGUUGGGGGUACAAUAGCGCUUGGUGCUGGGGUGGUCACAAUCAACGAUGACGCGAAACAUGCAUAUGUGGCAGCGCAGCGUAGUUACAGGGUGUUGACUACGCUAAUACUGAACAUCCAAGACUACCGCACCACACUCAAGCGCGAUACCGACCCAGACUACCCUGAACAAUUGAAGGCCUGCCACCUACGAUGCGCAAAGCGAACCUUGAGAACACUGGAGAAGAAUGGCUCCAUCUUCAUCAAGCUGGGACAACAUUUGAGCAGCAUGAAUUACCUCCUUCCCAACGAGUGGUGCGAUACCUUCAUUCCAUUGCAGGACCAAUGUCCGAUAUCGUCCUUUGAGUCUAUACGAGAGAUGGUAAAAAUGGACACGGGCCAUGAGUUGGCAGAAUACUUCUCUGAAUUCGAGGAAUUGCCCAUAGGAGCAGCCUCUUUGGCGCAGGUGCAUCGUGCAACAGUUCGCGAGACAGGGCAGAAAGUCGCAGUCAAGGUACAACACCCGGCGCUAGAUGAGUGGGCAAAACUGGACUUGGCCUUGACGAGCUUCUCUUUUACUACGCUGAAACGCUGGUUCCCGGAGUACGAUCUCACUUGGCUGUCUGAGGAGAUGCAAGCUUCUCUUCCGCAAGAACUCGACUUCGCACGCGAAGGCCAAAAUGCUAUUCGCGCGCGCGAAUACUUCUCACACGUUCACGAUGUGCCAGUUGUAAUCCCAAGAGUAAUCUGGGCGAAGAGACGGAUACUGGUGAUGGAGUACAUUUCAGGCUUCCGGACAGACGACCUCAAGAGUCUGGAUGCUCACGGUAUCGACCGGGAUGAAGUGUCCGCAGCGCUGGCUAGAAUUUUUAAUGAGAUGAUCUUCGGUAGAGACGCACCACUGCAUUGCGAUCCACACGGUGGCAACAUUUCGAUUCGAUACAAUCCCAAACGGAAAGGAGCCAAUUUCGACGUGGUUCUAUACGACCAUGGACUAUAUCGCGAUAUCCCCCUGCAACUGAGGAGAAAUUACGCAAAGCUUUGGCUUGCGGUACUGGACGCUGAUGAGACUGGCAUGCGCAAAUAUGCGCACGAAGUAGCUGGCAUUGGCGAAGAGCAUUUUCCACUCUUUGCCUCUGCAAUCACGGGCCGCGACUACACGGUACUAGCCAGGAAGGAGGCAGGCACAGGAGGCGUCAUGACAUCUCGGACCAGCGAGGAGAAAAAGGUUAUUGGGGAUGCGCUUGGAGAGGGGCUGCUGGAAAACUUGAUUCAUCUUUUAGGACAGGUACCGAGAGUGAUCUUGCUUAUCCUCAAGACGAAUGAUUUGACACGCUCCCUAGACGAGGGUCUACACACCCGCCAAGGGCCCAUGCGUACCUUCUUGAUCCUAGCACGCUACGCAUCACGCACAGUGUACGAAGAACAACUCGAUAACAUACGUGGAAGUUUGCUGUGGCCGAGAAAUUUCUUCAUUUGGCUCAGUGCAUGGUCCAGGCAUAUGCGUGUUGAGCUACAGCUCGGCUCCUACGAGACGUAUCUAAAGCUAAGAGCGAUGCUCGGAUUCCGGAAAAUGGAGCUGAAAGACAGCUUUCGGGAGUAG